AAAUGGCAUUUUCGAAUGCAAAAAGCGGCACGCCGUGGUGAGCCCGUCCCGCUCGAGCGUCGGCGGCGCCCAAAUGGGAUCGCGAACAGCCAUGCUUUGCCGUUCGUUUCACAACGCCGUGCGUUUCGAAUGAGUCAUCAACUGGCCGGCGGCGGCGAGCGGAGAGCGAGGGGAGUAAGGCUGCUCGGCGCGCUGUCGAGAGUCGUCAGGGCGCGAGGCGGAACCAGGGGCUUUGUUUAUCGUAAGAUACGACCGACGAUGGCGUCAGAAAGGGAGGACGACAUCGGGGAACUGAGCGACAUUAUUCUGCAGGAGAGUUCGGACGCCGAGACGUUGCAGUGCAAACGCAAGUUGAGCAGGAAACCAAAGAGAGUGCUGCAGUUUUCGGAUGGAGUAAUGGAGGAAUACUCAUCGGAAGAUGAAGUUGACGCCCCAAAGAAUAGUAAAAUUAUGUCGCAGAUAGAUACCAAAAAUAUGAAUUGGUUACCAUGGGCGUGGUACCAAACCACAUUGCUGAGUUCAAAAAUGUUGGACGGCUGUGACUACGUUGGCGAAUGCCUGGCCAAUUUCUUCGGCAUAACGGCGCCCAAGUAUCAGUUCGAGAUCAACGAGUUUUAUAGACUGCAGGCGCUCGAGAGAGAAAUGCUACACAAGCAAGAUUUGGAGAUGGGCGGAUGGAACGAACAAAAGAAGAACAAUCUCAUAAAUAAGGAUGCUACACUGACAAGCGAAUGUAAGUAGCUGACGUUAAGUGAGGGAGGUUGAUACUGAGGAAAACAUGUUAAAUGUGUUACGAAUUCUCUAUUUUGAAUGCAUUUGAAGUAUUGCCUACACAUAGCUUUAAUUGACAGAGAUUUAAACGCUCAAUUCUAAAUUUAUUAGCAAACCUGCGUUAGGAGGUAAUGCUUGAAGAAAAAUUUUCAACGAAUAUUUUUCUAUGCAAUAUUAAAGCUUUUUGAAUGAUAUAAAGUAAUGAAUGUAAUUGUUAAACAAGAAAGCAUGUGACACAAAGAAAAAUAUGAUAUUGAAAAGAUACAAGCAUUUAAAUGGAACAAAACUCGCUGCCUUCAUGUUAGUUGAGAACAACGUUCGUAUGCAUAAGAAUUGUAUAUAAAAAGUUUUAGUAUUA